AUCGGGUUUUCUACGAGAAUGGGAACAGCACAACCCUGCGCGGCAUCUCAACUCGACUGUGAUGUUGUACUUAUUUACCCCCUCUUGGACGACCGCAACUGAGUGCGCAGCUUCUAUUCGCUCUUGUAUUUUGUCGUCGUCACUGGCGUGAGAACUAUUAUAUAAGGACAAUGCUACCGUCACCUUAAUCAUUCUGGCGUCGUCUCAGUUGUGGUCAUAACCACGAACGGCGCGGCCGUGUACACAAAAUCUCUGGCAUCGUCGCACAGAGACAUGCGACCGUUGCAACGUCGAGGAAACCCACCCGUCCCUGAUCGCUUUAUACCCCACCCCUUUCUUGCUGGGCAAGCUGAAGGAUUGUACCACCUCGCACUCCAAAUAGUCCACGCACUGUGCGCCCGAAUGAUUCACGAGCAAUUCACGCAAAACGGCGGCGCAGUCCCUGGCCUAAGAUUGCUGUCUCAA